GUAAGAUUUUUGUUCUGCGUACAUAUAGAGACGUGAGAGUAAAGUUUGUGGCACUCUGCUGGCACCAUGAAGUUCAUCUGUCUCUUGUCCCUGGUCGGGGUAGCUCUGGCAGCUCCAAACAGGAUCCUCUUCCCCAAGACGGGAAAGGAGUGGACACCCGCUUCACUUAUCAACCCGGAUGAAUUGGGAGACUAUUUUGAGGGAGAUAUCAAGGGACCGGUGCCAGAAAUCCUCAGGAAUGGACUCAUUGACGAAAAGUACCGAUGGGUCGAUGGAGUCGUCACUUACGAAUUUGACAGCCUUUUCGCUGAUGAUUUAAGGGCGGUAGUCCAGAAAGCUAUGGACGAGUACGCAGUGCUGACAAGUGACUGCAUCACCUUCGUUGAGAGAACGACAGAAGAUGACUAUAUAUUGUUUACUCAUGACAAUGAAGAUGGGUGUCACAGCUAUGUUGGGAAAAUAGGUGGCAGUCAGCAGAUCAACUACCCAGACUGGUGCUUGGCGUCGUACGGCUCAGUACAGCACGAGAUGUACCACGCCCUCGGCUUCCACCAUGAACAGUCUCGCACUGACAGAGAUGACUAUGUCACUAUUAUGUGGGAGAAUAUCGAGAGUGGUUACGAACAUAACUUCAACAAGUACUCCGCUGAUGUGAUUAGCGGCUUUGGAGAGGAUUAUGACUAUGGCUCUGUGAUGCAUUAUUCCGCCUACGCUUUCUCUGCUAAUAAUGAAAAGACGAUCGUAACUUUGGAUCCCGACGCAGUCAUCGGCCAGCGAGAACAUCUAAGCGAAGUCGACGUCAGAAAACUUAUGAAUAUGUACAAGUGUUGAGUGUGAGGUGGAGGCUGAUGAGAAGCUGGAGUGAGGCAUCCUUGUGCAGCUGUGUGAGGCAGCAGCAGCAGCAGCAGCAGCAGCACGGAACAGAGAGCUGAGGACCCAACUCACUCUGCUGCUCGCAAUGUCACUAAUGUGGAGGCAUGAGGAAUAUAAUAUCCGCAGUGGAUUUACGAUGUCAAAAAGUUAUGAGCACUCAUAAAACUAGAAUAGUAAAUAA